GACCAGGCUGAUCCCUCCCACCUGCCCGCUCCCCCUGGCCCGGCCCUGACGUCAGGGGAAGGCGUGCGGAUGCGUGUGUGUGUUCGAGGCGCACAUCACCCAUCCGCACAUCACACAGCGCGCAUCCAUCAGCCGGCGGGCGGCCAGCGCGCACAGCCCCCGCAGCCGGGCUGCAGGCGACACCGCUGCUCCUCGCAAGGUAGCGGAGGAGCGCCCGGCCCCUCCGAGCACCGAUGCUCUGCGGAGCGCAGCGCCAGGGAGCCCUUCGCUGCUGAGGAGGUCACCAGCAGUAGGCCCACACGCCUGGGCAUCCUUUCUCCUGCUGCCCACCCGCCCAGUCCCAAAACGGAGGAGCCCAGCGACCCCACCAUGUCAUCGGAGCCCAGCGCCCCGCCGGCAGUGCCACCCCUGCACUCCCCCAAGUCGCCGGUGUGGCCCACCUUCCCCUUCCAGCGGGAGGGCAGCCGCAUCUGGGAGCGGGGCAACCUGCUGCUACGGGACCUGCCCAGCCCCCUCCCCACCAAGAGGACCAGGACCUACUCGGCGACAGCACGCGCCUCUGCUGGCCCCAUCUUCAAGGGUGUGUGCAAGCAGUUCUCUCGCUCCCAGGGCCACGGGUUUAUCACCCCAGAGAAUGGCACCGAGGACAUUUUCGUGCAUGUGUCUGACAUCGAGGGAGAGUAUGUCCCAGUGGAGGGGGACGAGGUGACGUACAAGGUCUGCCCCAUCCCUCCCAAGAACCAGAAGUUCCAGGCAGUGGAGGUGGUCCUCACCAACCUGGCGCCCCACACGAAGCACGAGACGUGGUCUGGCCAGAUCAUCGGCUCCUAGGCUGCCAGGGGGGCCGCCAGCCACUCAGCCCCAUGGAGCAAGCCUGCCCAGCCGCUCCCGAGGGGCGUGGGGGGAGCCGAGGCGGCGGCGGGGCCGGGGCUGCCCCAAACACGCAGGCGUUUGCGUUCAGUGUCUUUUAUAAGGUUACGGUUUCCUUUCUCUGUGUGUGUUUGUAAGUGUCUGUCGAGGGGGACAGGGGAAGUGGAGCCCUCCCUGACUGUCCCUCAGCUCCGGGGGCAGCACCGAGCCCCAUGUUCCAUUCCUUGCCCCUGAGGCCAUGGGGAAUAUAGGAACCAGUCCUAGCCCCAGCCCUCCAGCUCUACUGGGCUGAAGCAGGUGCUGAGAGCAGGAGGGGGUGGGGAGAGGCUGGGUGGCUUGGCUCACCCUCCUGAACUCUGGCAAGAUGGGCACCCCACUCCGUCCACAGUGGGACAGCAGCAGUGGGACAUGCCCUGGUGCAGGGACAAACAGGGUGCUGUGGGGUGGCAUAUCACUGUGCAGGGUCUGGGUGGCUGAGACCCAUCCCCAUCGCUGGCAGCUCACAGCACCCACCUGAGCCACAUCCCUCCAUCACAAGAUCUCAGGUCAGCGGUGCCACGGGGAGGUGAGUGGUUUACAGAAAGGAAAAAUUUGGUUUUCAGAGGCAGACAGCUGCUGGCAGGGCACCUGGGGCACUCGGUGCUGUGCCUGGGGGGCUGCACCUUGGCACGGGGCAGGGGGCACUUGGCACCUCUGUGCUCCCCACUGCUGCUGGGCAGUAAUGCACUUUUCUUGGCCCAGUGCUGAUAUGGUUCUGGGGAGACAGACACUUUCUCCUCCUUCUCUUGCCCCCCAGCCCCCUGGGGACCCCCUUCCCACGCGUGUGUGUGUGUGUGUGCAUGUCUGUAGCUUGCUGGGGUGGCGAGGGGCUGAGGGGUCUGAGCAGCCUCGGCCACGGGGCGAGCACAGCCACCUCCUCCCCAGCCCCUCGGUGUAGGCAGGGUCUUGUAUACAAAGCACAAACUUUGGUUUUGGUCUUUUCUGCCAUACCCUGGCCAGGUGGGCUCCCACAGCCCCAGGGAGCGACGGGGCAGAGGGCACGGGGACAGGGACAGCAUGCACUGGGCUGGUCUUGAGCUCACCCCAGGGAAACAAUGCUCCAGGAAUUACCAGCAUCUUAAGGGGUUCACAGCAGGCUGGGGACAGUGGGGUGCCAGCAGGUCCUCCCAAGCAGGGCAGGAGGGGAUAGGCAGCUCCCGGAGCACCGUGCCAGCAGGAGCUGCUGGCACUGCUGGUGCUCAGCAUGGAUGGAGUGGGGUGUUUGCCACCUUUUUGCUGCUGCUGUUGGCUAAGUGGGGAGAGGAGCAGAGCAAGGCUGGUGCCACGCAGGACAGCUGGGCCCUGCAGGUCAGGAGGACCAUGCUGGUGUGGGGAUUGCCCCAGGACCCUCCGGCCCAUCUCACUGCCAACCCAAAGCCUGACUCUCCCAGGGGCUGUGGCAACUGUGGCUCAGGCUCCAGGCAUCCCCAGGACAUGCAGUCAGCUUGGCCAAGGCAAACUGUUGGAUUUUUUUUUUAAAUAAACUAAAAACCUAGACUUGUUGGUGUUUUUACAACUCUAGUGUGGUUCCCGCCUGUCUGACCAUGUGUCAACCUUUGUAACAUUGGCAAUAAACCAUUAAAAGUGACUUUCCCAUGA